GAACAUGGCGACAGGGAGAAGCCGCCGCGCCGGGCAGCCCCGCCGCUGCUGCUCUGCCCUCUCGGCCCCCGCUGCCUGCUGGCGGCGGCUCCUGCUCCUGCCGCUCCUCCUCGCCGCCUGGCCGGCCUCCGCCUCUCGGACUCUGCGGCUGCACGCCGCCCUUGCAGCCCGGCCCCAGGAGCGGGGCUUCGAGGUGCUGCAAGCGCCACUUGGCACCGCCGGGCACCAGCCGCUGCCGCCGCCGCCGCCGCCGCCGCCGCGGGGCAAGAGGAGCGCCCCGGCCGCCGAGCAGCCGCCGCAGGAGCCCAUCAAGGUGUACGGGCAGGUUAGCCUGAAUGAUUCACACAACCAGAUGGUGGUUCACUGGGCUGGAGAGAAGAGUAACGUGAUUGUAGCGUUGGCCAGAGACAGUUUAACCUUGCUGGGACCCAAAUUAAGUGAUGUGUAUGUGUCCUACGACUACGGAAAAACCUUCAAGAAGAUAUCGGAGAAAUUCAACUUUGGCCCUGGAAACACCAGUCAGGUGGUGAUUACUCAGUUCUACCAUAGCCCGGCUGAUAAUAAAAGGUAUAUCUUUGUUGAUGGCUACACUCAAUACUUGUGGCUCACAGCAGACUUCUGCAACACCAUCCAAGGCUUCUCCAUCCCGUUCACAGCAGCCGACCUGCUACUCCAUAGCCGGAUUCCCAGCCUGGUCUUGGGUUUCGAUCGGUCCCACCCCAACAGACAGCUCUGGAAAUCGGACGAUUUUGGGCAGACGUGGAUCAUGAUUCAGGAACACGUCAAGUCAUUUUCGUGGGGCGUCGAGCCAUACGACAAGCCCAACACGAUCUACGUGGAGCGGCACGAGCCGACGGGCUCGUCCACCGUCCUUCGCAGCACCGAUUUCUUUCAGACCCGGGAAAACAAAGAGAUUCUGCUGGAGGAGGUGGAAGACUUUCAGCUCCGGGAGAAGUAUCUCUUUGCAACAAAGUCUGUGCAUCUUUUGGGUUCACAGCAACAGACGUCUGUUCAGCUCUGGGUGUCCUUCAACCGGAAGCCCAUGCAAGCAGCUCAGUUUGUCACAAGACACCCCAUCAAGGAAUACUAUAUUGCGGACACGUCUGAAGACCAGGUGUUUGUCUGUGUCAGCCACAAUAACAGCAACACCAAUCUCUACAUCUCAGAAGCAGAAGGCCUCCGGUUUUCACUGACUUUGGAGAACGUUCUGUACUACAGCCCUGGAGGAAUUGGCAGUGACACUCUAGUCAGAUAUUUUGCCAACGAGCCUUUUGCAGAUUUCCAUCGUGUCGAGGGGGUGCCAGGGGUCUACAUCGCCACCUUGAUCAAUGGCUCUUUCAGCGAGGAGAAUAUGAGGUCAGUCAUCACCUUUGACAAAGGCGGCAGCUGGGAGUUCCUUCAGCCUCCGGAGUACACGCGCUAUGGUGAAAAGAUAAAUUGUGAGCUUUCUCGGGGUUGCUCCCUCCACUUGGCCCAGCGACUGAGUCAGCUCCUCAACUUCCAGCUUCGCAGGAUGCCCAUCCUCUCCAAAGAAUCUGCUCCAGGACUUAUAAUCGCCACAGGCUCAGUCGGCAAGAACAUGGCAAGCAAAAUGAACGUGUACAUUUCGAGCAGCACUGGCGUCAGGUGGCGAGAAGUCCUAUCUGGACCCCAUUAUUACUCUUGGGGUGACCAUGGAGGGAUCCUCAUGGCAGUAACACAGGGUACAGAGACAAACCAGCUCAAAUAUAGCACAAAUGAAGGGGAGACCUGGAAAACAUUCAAAUUCUCGGAGAAGCCGGUCUUUGUUUAUGGCCUCCUGACAGAGCCUGGGGAGAAAAGCACCAUCUUCACCAUCUUUGGGUCUUACAAAGAGAACGGGCACAGCUGGCUCAUCCUGCAGAUCAACACCACUGACGUCCUUGGGGUGCCUUGCACGGAGAACGACUACAAACUGUGGUCCCCAUCCGACGAGCGUGGCAACGAGUGCCUCUUGGGCCACAAAACGGUUUUCAAACGGCGGACACCCCACGCGACGUGCUUCAACGGGGAAGAUUUUGACCGGCCAGUCAUGGUGUCCAACUGCUCUUGCACCAGAGAGGACUUUGAGUGUGAUUUUGGCUUCAAGCUAAGUGAUGACUUGUCAUUGGAAGUUUGCGUACCAGAUCCAGAAUUUGCCGGCAAGCCUUCCUCUCCCCCUGUGCCAUGUCCUGUUGGAUCGUCUUACAAGAAGACCAGAGGGUACCGGAAGAUAUCUGGAGACACUUGCUCAGGAGGGGAUGUUGAGGCCCGACUAGAAGGAGAAUUGGUACCUUGCCCCUUAGCAGAGGAGAAUGAGUUCAUUCUGUAUGCCACACGGUACUCUAUCCACCGGUAUGACCUCUCUUCUGGCAUCAGUGAAGAGUUGCCCCUGACGGGAUUACGAGGGGCAGUGGCACUGGACUUUGAUUAUGACCGCAACUGUUUGUAUUGGGCCGAUGUAACGCUUGACAUUAUCCAGCGCCUGUGUCUCAAUGGGAGCUCUGGGCAGGAAAUCAUCAUCAGCACCGGCCUGGAGACAGUCGAGGCCCUGGCCUUUGAGCCUAUCAGUCAGCUGUUGUAUUGGGUGAAUGCUGGGAUUCAGAAAAUUGAGGUUGCCAACCCAGACGGAGACUUGCGGCUUACGGUCUUGAAUGCCUCCGUGCUGGAACGGCCACGGGCCUUGAUUCUGGUGCCCAAAGAAGGGUUGAUGUUUUGGACCGACUGGGGAGACUCUAAGCCUGGGAUUUACCGUAGCGAGAUGGACGGUUCUUCUGCCACCUGCAUCGUCUCCGAAGGGGUAAAGUGGCCUAACGGGAUUUCUGUGGACGACCGUUGGAUCUACUGGACGGAAGCCUACAUGGACCGGAUUGAGCGUGUCGACCUGAACGGCCUGCAGAGAUCGGUGAUCUUGGAUAGCCUCCCCCAUCCCUACGCCAUUGCCGUUUUUAAGAAUGAAAUCUAUUGGAAUGAUUGGUCGCAGCUAAGCAUUUUUAGGGCUUCCAAAUACAGUGGCUCUAGAAUGGAGACCUUGGUUGACCAUCUCAAUGGUGUGAUGGAUAUGAAAAUCUUCUACCGUGGGAAGACAACAGGGCAGAAUGCCUGCAUUGCGAAGCCUUGUAGCUUGCUGUGCUUGCCAAAAUCUAACUCCAGCCGAAGUUGCAAGUGCCCAGAAGGAGUCUCCAGCCAUACGCUCCCAUCCGGGGAGGUGAGAUGCGAUUGCCCGCGUGGGUAUCUCUUGAAGAACAACACCUGUGUAAAGGAAGAAAACACCUGCCUCUCCAACCAAUAUAGAUGUUCCAACGGGAAUUGCAUCAACAGCAUAUGGCAGUGUGACAACGACAACGACUGCGGGGACAUGAGCGAUGAGAAGAACUGCCCAACAACUGUAUGUGAUACUGAGACUCAGUUCCGCUGCCACGAGUCGGGGACCUGCGUCCCGCUGUCCUAUAAGUGUGACCUGGAGGAUGACUGUGGGGACAAUAGUGACGAGAGCCACUGCGAAGCCCACCAGUGCCGGAAUGACGAGUUCAGUUGCAACUCAGGGAUGUGCGUCCGUCUCUCAUGGAAGUGUGAUGGUGACAAUGACUGUCGGGAUUGGUCAGACGAAGCAAACUGCACCGCAGUUUCCCACACCUGCGAAGCCUCCAGCUUCCAGUGCCACAAUGGGCACUGCAUCCCACAGAGGUGGGCGUGUGACGGUGACGCCGAUUGCCAGGACGGCUCUGAUGAGGACCCCAGCAACUGCGAGAAGAAGUGCAACGGAUUCCCCUGUCCAAAUGGGACCUGCAUCCCUUCCAGCAAGCGCUGCAACGGCGUGCGUGACUGUUCAGAAGGCGCCGAUGAACAGCACUGCGAGCCUCUCUGUACGCGUUACACGGAUUUUGUGUGCAAGAACCGGCAGCAGUGUUUGCUGCACUCCAUGGUGUGUGACGGCACCGUGCAUUGCCGGGACGGCUCAGACGAAGACCUUGCCUACGCCGGGUGCUCUCAAGGCCAAGAGUUCCACCGCACAUGUGACCAGUUCAGCUUCCGCUGUCAGAAUGACAUGUGCAUUAGCCUGGUGUGGAAGUGCGACGGCAUGGAUGACUGCGGUGACGGCUCUGACGAGGCAAACUGUGAAAACCCAACGGAACCCCCGAAUUGCUCCCGGUACUACCAGUUCCAGUGCGAGAAUGGGCACUGCAUCCCAAACAGGUGGAAGUGCGACAAAGAGAACGACUGCGGGGACUGGUCGGACGAGAAGGCGUGCGGAGUCCUAGGCUCAGCGAUCGUUCCUGUCGCCACUGUGGCCCCUGUCACUUGUUCGCCCAACCACUUCCGGUGCAACGGCGGCGGCUGCAUCAUGAAUAGCUGGGUUUGCGAUGGAUAUCGGGACUGCGCCGAUGGCUCCGAUGAGGAGGCUUGUCCCACCGCCUCAACCAGCUCAACAUCGCCCUCCGCCGCCUUUCCCGGCCACUGCAGUCGGUUUGAGUUUGAGUGCCAGCAAAUGAAGAAGUGCAUUCCAAAUUGGAAACGCUGUGAUGGAUUGAAGGACUGCCAGGAUGGGACAGACGAACUGAAUUGCCCGACUCGCAGAACCUUGUCGUGUCCAAGUGGGUUUAAAUGCCAAGAUGGGGAGACGUGCAUCACGAUGGUGGAGCGGUGUGAUGGCUUCUUGGAUUGCUCAGAUAGCAGCGAUGAAAGAAACUGUACCGAUGACCCCCUUGUCUAUAAAGUGCAGAACCUCCAGUGGAUGGCUGACUUCUCAGGCGACAUCACUUUAACCUGGACCCGGCCCAAAAAGAUGCCCCCUGCUUCCUGUGUUUACAGUAUCCACUACAGGAUGGUCGGCGAAAGUGUCUGGAAAUCCUUAGAAACCCACAGCAACAAAACCAACAGUGUCUUGAAAGUGCUGAAACCAGACUCCACCUAUCAGGUCAAAGUGCAAGUCCUGUGCCUGAGCAAAGCCUACAACACCAACGACAUCAUCACCCUGCGCACCCCGGAAGGACUGCCGGACCCCCCUGUCCACCUUCAGUUGUUGCUGAAGAAGGACGCCGAAGGGGCCGUAACUUGCCAGUGGGCACCGCCAGCCAACGCCCACGGCCUGAUCAGAGAAUACGUUGUAGAGUACAGCAGAACUGGUUCCAAGGAAUGGUCCUCUGUGAGGGCCCCCGGCAACUUUUCAGAAAUUGAGGGGCUGCAGAGCAACACAUCCUACACUUUCAGAGUCGCUGCUGUAACUAGCCGUGGAGUGGGGAACUGGAGCGAUUUGAAAUCCAUACGGACCGUGAAAGGCAAAGUUAUUUCACCGCCAACUAUCCGUAUCGAGAGUUGCAAUGAAAAUUCCAUAAGCUUCACCCUGAGGAUGGACACAAACAUUCCGGUGACGGGUUAUGUUGUGAAGAUUUUCUGGACCUUCGACACCCACAGACAAGAAGAAAGAUCUUUGUCCAUAGAAGGGGGAAAGUCAAUGCAGACGGUGAACAACCUAACGGCUCAAACACCAUACGAGAUUUCUGCUUGGGCCAAGACUGAGCUGGGUGACAGCCCUCUGUCUUUUGCGCAUGUGGUGACCAGUGGAACAAGACCCUCCCCACCCAGCCUGAAAGCCAAAGCAGUCAAUCAGACGGCUGUUGAGUGUAACUGGUCUGGCUCUCGGAACGUGGUUUAUGGAGUAUUUUAUGCCACAUCUUUCCUCGAGCUUUACCGGAAUCCCAACAACGCAACCACCACAUUGCACAACAUCACAGUUAUCGUCAACAGAGAUGAGCAGUAUUUAUUUCUGGUACGUGUGAUCUCUCCAUACCAAGGACCACCUUCCGACUACAUCGUUGUGAAGAUGAUCCCGGACAACCGCCUCCCACCACGACAUCUUCAUUCUGUGCACCUGGCAAAAACGUUCGCUGUCAUUAAGUGGGAGUCCCCGUACGAUUCUCCUGACCAAGAUAUGCUGUAUGCUGUCGCCGUGAAAGAUUUAAUCAGAAAAACAGACCGAAUCUACAAGGUGACCACGCGCAACAGCACCGUGGAGUAUAUCGUCAAGACACUGGAGCCAGGUGGGAAGUACCACAUCAUUGUUCAACUGGGAAACAUGAGCAAAGAAGCCAGCUUGAAAAUCAACACAGUGUCCCUGGCAGCUCCAGACGCCUUAAAGAUUAUAGCAGAAAAUGACCACAUCUUGUUGUUUUGGAAGAGUUUAGCCUUAAAAGAAACUUACUUUAAUGAAAGCCGGGGCUAUGAGGUGCACAUGUUUGACAGUGUGUUGAAUAGUACAGUGUACCUGGGGAACACCACCGAGAACGUCUUCAAAGUUUCCAACCUCAAGAUGGGCCACAAUUACUCAUUCACGGUGCAAGCCAGAUGUCUCUACAGUGGGCAGAUGUGUGGGGAGCCUGCGACGCUGCUGUACAAUGAACUUGGAAGCGGUGGAGAUCCUGCCGCAUCUCAAAUGGGCCAGUCAUCCGACGUGGCCGCCAUUGUGGUGCCAAUAUUAUUCUUCUUGCUCCUGACUUUGGGCGUAGGGUUUGUCAUCUUGUACAUGAGGCACAGAAGACUUCAGAAUAGCUUCACAGCCUUCGCCAACAGCCACUACAGCUCCCGGCUUGGGUCGGCCAUAUUCUCAUCAGGUGACGAUUUAGGAGACGAAGAUGACGAGGCACCAAUGAUCACGGGGUUCUCAGACGAUGUCCCCAUGGUGAUAGCAUGAAAAAGCGUUUCUGGCGCCAGAAACCCAAAUGGUGUAAAUAUUUUAUUUGAUAAGAAGACAAAAAAAAUAGUCAACUGUUUAUUUUAAAAAAAAAUAUGCACUUUUGAGUUGCAAUAUGUUAUUUUUGUAUGGGCCGAAAAAAAGAAGAAGAAAUAAUUAUUACACUUUGUAGUACACAGCUGUGAACUUUCAAACCAGGUUGAUUUAGUAACAAUUUCUGUUGAUUUGUUUGAUUUGUUGUUUGUUUUUUCUUUCCUUCUGUUGAACGUUAAUUUAGUCUUACAGGGCUGUGCUUGCUGGGCAUGCUUUUAAGUCUGUGAGAUAUUUCCUUGACUGUGACUCUGGUCUUCAGAUAACUUGUGGGGUAGUUAGAGAACCCCUGGACGCUCUCUCUGGCUUUGACAUAGGAUGGAACCAUACACAAUGAAUGCUGAAAAUCAGCCCUACAUGUCAAAUUCCAGAACCUCUCCUCCAAAACGUGUGGUAAUGGGAAGGCGGCGUCAUUGCAUCAGGCAUUUCCUAGAGAUGGGCAAACCACUCCCGGCAACUGGUCUUUGCUAAGAUUUCUUGCAAGUGCUUAAAACCCCUUGAAGGAUUUUGUACAUACUUCCAAGCUCACCGAAUCCAGUUGGAGGGUUCAGACUCCCGUCUCCCACAACAACCCUCUACCAUUGUGAGAGAGAGUGGGAGGAGGGUGUUUAGCUCACCACAGCCCCGGCUGCCUGACUGACUCCAGUACUUGACUGAGACGAUGCUUCUGAAUAUGUUGUUCAGGAUCAUUGGCUUUGUAGUUUUCUCUUGGUAGAGAAGACUACAAAUCCUUCAAGUCUCACAGGAAAUGAGCAUUUCCGGAAGCAUUGCUGAUUUCACGAACUGGAGCCGGAUAGACAGGCAGAACAGCGUGUGUGAUAACAUGGGUCUCCCCACUCCCACCUGCCAGUUUCCUCUCCACUUUGCAGUGGUAAGGUGGGCAGCUGGUUGAGUGUGAAUGUGGAGCCCGCAGGGAAGUUAGCAGGUGGGGCGAAAAGUCGGCUCUAUUUCAAGGCUGAAUCUGGAUUCACCUGGGUGUCGACCAGGGCUGCACAACUUUGGCCCUGCAGCUGUUGCUGGACUCCAGCUCCCAUAAUCCCCCACCACAGUGACCAAUGGGAAUGAUGACGCUUAUAGUCUGAUGCCUGCAGGAGGGCCAAAGUUGUGCAGCCCUGGUGUAGACCAACUUAAAAUGGGUCUUGAUUUCCUGACUGUAGGGGGUCAUCUUUUGAGCCCCCUGUCCGAAUCCUUGGCUGAUCCCAACAUUUCCCCAGGCCUGCUCCCCAUUACUGGCUCCCACAGAGGUGGUGGGGACAGCCUGGAAACCCACAGCCCCACAAUGUUGUCUUCCCAUUACUGGGCCAUUUGAGGAGCAAGGAGAAGGAGCUCGACAUGGGGCCGCUGUUUGGGGUGGCAACGCCUGGUUCUUUGGUGUGUCUGGUUCCAUCCGUUUUCAGAUGCAGGCUGAACGGAGGCUGAGUGGUCUCUUUUCAACCCUCCCUCUAUGAAGGGGGUCCACCGUAGAUAGGGUUUCAAGAGCAGAUAAGGAGAGACAAGGUGGAGGGCUUGGCCAUUGGUUUUUGAUUUGGGGCACAGUCCCCCAAAUGCUGCUGCUACGAAACUCCCUUCCUCUCCAGAAAUCUCACAUGAGAGUCUUAUGCCCACCCACCUGACUAUCAACUCAGACAUGGUGGCCAAGCUGCUAUUGCUGGACUCCAACUCCCAGGGACCACUAGACAGCCUCAGCUUGGCCACCCAGAAGUUAGAGAAUCGGUUCUCUCAGGAUCAGAGUCUAAACUGGCUUUUCUUUUUUCUUUUUCUUUUUAAUUUUUCUAAGAGAUGUUUUAUUUAAAGAAUUCAGGAAAUUAUAUAUAUAUAUAUACAUCUAUCUAUAUAUAUCUAUGAAGAGAGAGAGAAUAAUUCCUGAAGGUUUUACAUUGACUUUUUGUUUUAUAUGAGAUUUUUGUUCUGUUCUAUUAAUUUAUUGGGAAAUCUGCUUUUGGUCAGAGUUCCAAACUGCUCAGUUGUGUGCACACUUAUUGUGUGGAAGAUGUGCCAUUUUAACAGUUUGCAAAAUAGGUUGUCGUCGGGUUCCCCACCUUGUCCUAUAACUGAAUCGGGUAUUAGCGUCAUACAGGGGUGGCCGACUGGAAGCUAUCUAGUUGCCUUGGGACUACAACUCCCAUCAUCCCCAGCUGCAAUACAGUGAGGCUGUGGGUGAUGGGAGUUGUAGUACAGGAAUUGGAGAGCCUCAGGUUGUGCACCCCACCAUAGUAAAAAAGAAGAAAGUAAUGUUUUGUUUUUAAGAGUGAAUUGUUUUCAUGCUUUGUGAGAAAGCAAGAAAAAGAAAAAGGUGGAGUGACAGAUUCAAUUGUUUUGACAAACUGAGGGCUGAAAUAAUUUCUGCAAAAUGCUCAUAAGGGUGCAUUCCUGGAAGCAAAAAACAGUUGCACAAAAACCCGUGGACUUCAGUUUCAUUGUUUUUGUUGAUUGGAUUUUUGUAUUCUUCCCCCCGCCUGCCCCAUGCAGCCCCACGCCUGCCCCGAUGCACAUGUGGCAGCUGGCACAUGAGUGGGCUUUCCUGUCUGCUAAGAUGGAAGGAGCAGUGCCAGUGAUGUGUCACUUUGGGUGGAGUUGUCCCCCGCCUCCCAACAUAUGCAGUGGAGUUCCAUGAGCCCUUGAAACGCUUCUGUAUCUGGGCAAAAGGCCUCCCAUAUUUUAAGGAUUCCAUAGGCAGCGACUUUGGGGUCGCUCAGCAGGCUGGCUUGUCUUCCAGCCUACGUGGGCUGGAUCAUCACUGUUAAUGUAGGGAGGGGGCUGCCAGAACCACCUCUUUCAAGGUUCCAGAGUCCUGCCCUUGCAGCCUGGGAUCUUGACUAAGCCAGGAUCGUGUAUGCUGUGUCGUUCCCCACCCCACCCCUCUUGCCACGGCACAGAAAGUUUUAGGUGCUCUUCAGAAGUACUCAGAUAUUUCGGGGCAGGCUGGAGGCGGCUUCCCACUGCUAGCCCUGCCUUCCGUUGAUGCCUCAAGCCCCUUUAGGUGAAGAAAUGCAUUCUCCUCUCUGCAAGCCGCGUAAUUGGAGAAGAAUUGCAGAAUGCCCACUGGGUGUGCACAAGAAUCCACUUCUCAGUGUUGAUAGAUCAAUUGUGGUUUUGCCGAUACCUUUUCUUUUAAGAUGCCAUUUGGAUGUUCUGGUUUUGUGUUUUUAGACCCACCCGCCCCCUUCGAUGAAAAUCCUCAGUUUGCUUGAGCUUUCCAAAGAGAGUCCUCUUAUUUUUUCUCUCCAGGGCUUCAUGGCUAACGUUCCCCAACAGUAGCCACAGGGUGUAACCUGCUUAAUAGCCACAGUCCCCCGAUCUGCAGGGGCUGCAGACUUAGUUUAUCUGCUCCCAUUGGUCUAACUCCAGCGGUCCUCCAUGCCUGAUACCCUCAUCGUCAUGGGAGUUAGCAGGUAGACUUUGCCUGCCUACAAGCUGCAAAACAGAGUGCUCAUUUUAAAAGCUGCAGCCCCCAUGGGAAGGCGGCCAAGUAGCCCCUCCCCACGGUGGUUUCUCACAUGGCAGGCAUAACAUUUAAAGGCGUCCGACCUGAGGGCCAGCCCUGAGGUGUGCAGAGUCCAUGCUGCAGGCCCUGCUUGAGAUUCGGCCCAGUUCAGACACUUCUUCGGCAGCAACGGCCUCUUUACGAUGGAGAGCGGGCCUGUGAAGUGCCUCUCCACCAUCCACCUAACACAGGGCUGCACAACUCCAACCCUCCUCCAGCAGUUCUUGGACUACAGCCCCCAGCAUCCUCAGCCACAGUGGCCAAUAGUCAGGGGUGCUGGGAGUUGCAGUCCAAUAUAUGUGUGAUGUGGAGUGAAUAGAAUCCUCGAAUGUAAGAGCUAGAAGCAGCCUGGGAGGUCUUCUAAUCUAGCCUUCUGCUUAGGGCAAGGAACUGCUACAGCAUCCAUCCAGCCUCUGCUUGGAAACCUCCAGUGAAGGGGAGUUCCACUGUCCAAAUAGCUCUUACAGUGAGGAGGUGCCUGCCCGUGUCUAGGGGAGGCAUUGCCAGCUCUUUGGACAUGCAAAUGCUCUUGCUGCCCAGGCAGGGAUCUGAAGUGGGCCUCAGGGAGAAGCACAUAUUUGGGCUUUGAGACAUGCAGCAGCCCUGAGAGAGCCUCAUUUCACCCGGCCCUGCGUGUUCACGGGUCUCACCUCUCCAUAUCCCGUAUAUGCAAGCGUAGUCUCUCCACACCAAGAAAUGCAAAGCUCCUUCUUCUCACGAUGCGAGUAUUUUUACUGACUUUAAACCAAAAGUGUCUCUUUGCUGUGUCACUCAAGUCUUCCUGGGGUUGGAGCGAGAAUUGAACGGACCAGGCUUUGAUAAGCGACUGUUGGCUUUGAUAAGCAAUCUUUUAACUUUCUCUCCCAUUCCCACCCACGCCUUUCUAGUGAUGUCGGCAGUUGUUUCACUGAUAACGGAACGUUUUAGAGUGCAGACCUAAAACCGGCAAACCACCUUCCCUUUUCAGGUAAAUUCAGCAUUAGUGUAGAGGAGCUCAUAACAUGUGCCUCAGUAGUGCUUUCCGAGUAAAAUUAAUUCAUCAUGGAUUGUCUGUAUGUUUCUUAGGAUAGACCGAUAGUUAUCAUAUCUUCAGGGAAUACAUUACACAGUUGGUUCUCUGCUAAGGACACAUGUGUGUGCAUGUACACACACACACACAUUGAUUAUAGACACACUGCAGAGUGUCACUCCUGCAGAGGAUUCUGGGACAUGGGGCAAGCUACAGUUUCAAAACCCUUUUCCCUUCUGAGGCAAACAGAGAGUAAGAAGGGGGACGACGACAACACACUGCCCCCCCUCCCCUGCCGCGUGACCAAUUUUUAUUUUCUUGCAGUGGGUCGAGGGGCUGAUUUGGAUUGGGGCUUGGGGAGGGAGGGGUUUAACCUUUUUGUGUGGUUCCUCAGUGCCCAUGCCCUCCUGGAAACAGUACUAGCCACAGAGGGGGGAAGAGUGGGCCUGUAUAGCAGCCUCGUUCACACAGCCGCUCUCAGGGUUGGGGGAGUGCCAGGCACACUCCCGAUCAGUGGUCACAUGUACCCAAAGAACAGUGGAGGAGGAGGAAGAGAACGUGAUCAUGUGGGAGCUGGGUAGGACAGGUGUGUCCUACCCAGAUCCCCCCCCCCCCCGUCGUUUUACCAAGGGUGGCAGGAAAGCUGUCCUACCCAGGUCCCGCCUCCCACACAAUGGCACUCCCUCCCUUCUUCCUUGGUGUUCUCACAAGCGCCAGUCAGAAGUGUGCCCGGCUCUCUUCCUACCCUGAUGGCGGUCAUGUGAACAAGGCUAAUUUCUUCUUCCACAGCAGCUUCUGGGUGGGAGGGUUGGACCGCCCCACUGCCCAUGGCAUGGCCUUAAUCCAAACCAGAGACCACCACCUCUUGUGGGUGUUUUUAGGACAAGGAACAUACAAUGGUCAUUCUAAGCUCAGAUCUCCAAAACAAUGUGUCAUGGCCCCAAGUGGACCUUCAGAGAUACCCAACAAUCCCCAAGGGCUGGAUAUUGCAGGGGUCCCAGGCACUGAAUCCCAUCUCACUCUCUCUGAUUCCAUACUAUGCUAGACAGACACCCCUCAGUUCUUUAAAAUGGAAAAACCAAGAAACCCGCUGCUGUUCUGCAAAAAUGACCACUGUGUGAAGAUUCUUUACAGGGCUAGUGCAUUUUCUAGAGAUAUAAGAAAAUCCUCUGCCUCAGACACGUGAGCAGGAUUGAUGAAGUAAUGAAUAAAUUGUAUAUUUUUAUGAAUGUUUGAAGCACAAAGAUGCGUGUGAAGGGUGUUUUUGUUUGUUUACUGUAAAUAUACAAAUGCUGAUUUUAUGUUUUGUGGCAGUUGUUUUUGAAACAUGACAUAAAUCUGGAGAGAUUUCCACCUGGGCUUUUUCUUUCUCCCCCCCCCCACCUUUUAUUGUGAUAUACAAAAGAAGCUAGAGAACGCUUCAGUUUCGAGAUUGCCAGUUACAAUUUCUAUGCGAAGAAUAGAGCGCAGUCUGGCGGAUGGAGGGGCCGCGCUCUUCAGAAGCAGGGCGUGAUGGGACCUCAGAAGAGGAAAAGCCUCAUAGCACAUAGGAACCCUUCUCCUGAGUCAGACCCUUGGUUCCUCUUGCUCAGUAUUGUCUUCACAGACUGGCAGCGGCUUCUCCAAGGUUGCAGGCAGGAAUCUCUCUCAGCCCUAUCUUGGAGACGCUUCCAGAGAGGGAGCCUGAAACCUUCUGCUCUUCCCAGAGCGGCCCCAUCCCCUGAGGGGAAGAUCUGACAGUGCUCAUGCAUGUGGUUUCCCAUUCAAAUGCAAACCAGGUGGACCCUGCUUAGCAAAGGGGACAGUUCUUGCUUGUUACCACAAGACCAGCUCUCCUCCCCUCCCUUAUUGUCCUGCAUUGAUCUUCUCAGAAGCUGUGCUGAUGGGCAGGCAAUCUCUUGGACGCUCCUUAGGCCUGGCCACUCUGUAACAGCAUCACCAAGUCCAACUGGAGUUCCGAAGUCUUCCAUGAAAGCAGUUGGUGAUGCUCAGUAUCCCUUAGGAAGGCAAAGGUUGAACAGUAGUAGUAGUAGUAGUAAGUUUAUUGCGGUCACAGACCAGAUUAACAAACAAUAACAAUUAAUAGCAUUAAUAAGAAAAUUCAGAAAAUCUCAAAGUUUACAAAAUCACUAACUGUUCAAAUUACUAAUACAGUCUUUACUGUAUUAUUUUCCAAUAAGUUUCCGGGCAAAAUACAAAGUGCUGGUUAUAACCUAUAAAGUCCUAAACAGCUUAGGCCCAUGGUACUUAAGAGAGCGUCUUCUUCUGCAUGAUCCCAUCGUCCACUGCGUACAUCAGGUGAGGCUCGUCUGUGGCUACCUUCAUGUUGUCUGGUGGCCACCCAGGGACGGGCCUUCUCUGUUGUUGCCCCAAGACUUUGGAAAGCGCUUCCCAUGGGAAUAAGAGUCUCCCCAUCUCUAGCAGCUUUUUAAAAGUGUCUAAAGACUUAUUUUUUUACCCAGGCCUUUUAGCUUUUUAGCUUUGUAACUUUUAAAAUGUUGGUUUAUUUAUUGAUUUGGUUUAAGCUGGUUUUAAUAUUUAAUCGAUUUUAAUGCUUUGUUUUUAUUUGUUGUGAACCACCCUGAGACCUUGGGUUAGGGCGGUAUAAAAAUGCACUAAAUAAAUAAAUAGCGGAGCUUUGACACCAUAAAACAGAGCUUUGCCACAUUUUCUGAAAUUACAGGUUUAAAAUUGGUCAGCCUAAUUUCCAAAUAAAAUUGGUCUGUGUGACCAGGAUAAAUGGCUAAAAUAGGAGCAAUAAAUUUGGUGCGAGCGUCCUUAUAAAACUGGCAAUAAAGAAUAACAUGGGUGAUAGACUCUAUAUCCCUUGAGCCGCAGAAGGGUUGAACAGGGAAGGAAGCAGAUCAAGCAGAAAGCCGCUGUCUAGUCCUGGCAGAAAGAGGUGGGCCAGUUUGAAGCGGGGCUAUAGCUCACCUUCAAAAACAGGAAAAGGAAGGGGAAACGCCCAAGAUGCUGACAGAUUUAUUCACUAUGUUUUUAUUGAUACACUUCCAUUAAAUUAAUUCAGUGUUGCCUUGUGCGUUUCAAGCCGAUGCUCUUCUUCAGAGACAAUUCUUGGGUAGAUGCAAUUGAUUGCAAUGUUGGUUUCUCUAGAAUUAUCACCCUGCACCACCAAUAGCAUCUAUACUUCCAGAGUAUAUGUAGUGCCAGAGAAAUUGGUUUGGGCUAUCGUACCUUAAGUGGGCUGGACUAACAACCAGAAGGUUGCCAGUUCAAAUCCCCGCUGCUACUAUAUCGGGCAGCAGCAAUAUAGGAAGAUGCUGGAAGGCAUCAUCUCAUACUGUGUGGGAGGUGGCAAUGGUCAACCCCUCCUGUAUUCCACCAAAGACAACCACAGCACUCUGUGGGCGCCAGGAGUCAAAAUUGACUUGAUGGCACACUUUACUUUUCCUUUACUUUGGAACCCAGUUGGUGUUGGGGGGGGUGGUUUUUGUUUUGUUGCAGUGCCAGCACCUGUUGCCUUCAGCAGUUCUGGAGUGGGAAGAAUUUUGCAUGCCCAAGUAUAUGCUCAAUUGUGUUAAUGAGCUCUGAAGCAUAACAAUUGUGAGGAACGGCAACCUUGUCCCUCAGUGGUAGAGCAUCUGCUUAGGGUGCAGAAGGUUCCACUUUCAGAUCCCGGCAUCUCCAGGUAGGGCUGCUGCCAGUCAGUGUAGACAGUACUGAGCUAAAUGGAUCAAUGGUACUGACUCAGUAGACAGCAUCCUAUGUACCUGAGGAUUCAACGCAACCAGGACAAGGCUCAGUCCCUGAGCUGGAGAGGGGACUCAAACUCCCAAGCCAAACUGCUUGUCUCCAAACAAAAACAGUGUGACCAAUUUCCCUGUUCCGGUUUUUCAAAGACUGCUGUAGCAACCGUACAUCCAUUUCAGUUGAGAAGAGCUAAUGGAAAACUAAUGUUGGAGGAAGAACUGUUUAGAUUCCAAUAAAAUUUGCAGAAAAUC